GUAGAGUUGAUACUUGAAAAAUGUGCGAAAUGUGAUGGAAUGGAAGUCGUUCAAAUAUAACAUUUGUUUUGUUACACAUGAAGGAGCGCUUAGUAGGCCACUUAAUGGAAUUUAUCAUCAUGGAUACGAGUGAAGGCUCAAACCUAGCAUCCCAAGUCCUGUUGGAGAAGCUGGAGGGGGAAGCAAAUUCCAACCAGGAACAAAGCUGUCAAAUGGAGACCAACCUGCUCCUCAGGUUAGAAGUGAAAGACCUGAAGAAGAGACUGGAGGAAAAGGAAAACCGACUCAAUCAGGCUCAAGAUACUAUCAAGGCUAUGAGGAAUGAGAUCAACUCACUGCAGGAGUGUCUGGAUAUUGAGAAAAGGAAGUACCAGAGCCUGAUGGAACAACAUUCCCAGAGAUCCCCGUUUGUUCAACCUGACAGUGAAGCCAAGACCACGGCGUGUGUAGACCGACCCACCCUUCUCCUGUCCUGUGUGUCAGAGCCCACCCUCACAGGCCCUUCAAGUCCACCAUCACCGUUAGCCUCUACCUCAGAGCCCUCUCCCACAUACCCAUCCUGCAGUGGUGAUGUUGUGGAAAGGGACUGGCACACAACCUCAACAGCAACAACAACAACAACUAAAAGUGACGUAGACCUAUGCAGAGCCUCAAAGCCAAACCCCACCACCCUUUCAGACUCAGUCAGGAGCACACAAAGGUCUCCGCAACCUUCCCCACUGAGGAUGCUAUCAGUGACCCUGGAGGACUGCAGACACAAACUCCAGUCGGACGGAGUCUUCAAUGUUCAGUCAUUGGGACAUGACGAUGAUGACGAUGAUGAUGACUAUGAUGAUGAUGGUGGUGGUGGUGAUGAUGAUGACGAAGACUAUGCAGAUCACACCACUGAAAGUGAGAGAUACCAGUUUGGAUCUGAAGAUCUGAAGAAAAAAAGACUUUUGCCGUGCAGUCAGUGCACUAAGAAAUUCUCUCAAUUGAAUCACCUGAAAUUGCACCAGAGGAUGCACAACAGGAAACUCCUCCUCAAUAGUCCCUGUGCAUCCGAAGGAGAAGACCAGGGCCAGGAGAGGCUUAACGUAGAUGGUGCCUUUUGCUGCGACCAGUGCAGUAGAACAUUUUCUCAAUUCAGUGACCUUCAACGGCACCAGAGGACGCAUGAAAAUAUAAAAAACAGUCAGAUCCAAGGUCAUAAAUGCGACACAUGUGAAAAGAUUUUUUUACAUUCAUCCUCUCUCCGAAUUCACGAGAGGGUUCACACUGGAGAGAGACCUUACACCUGUACUGUUUGUGGAAAAGGGUUCACUCAGUUAGGCAACCUUAAAAAACACCACAGAAAACAUGAAAAGGAGUCCUCUUUGAGUCACACCACCGGCAUGCAAACUCAGGACACGCUCAGCAUGCCGCCAGGGGAUCAGAGCAAGUCUGGAAAAGUCUCUCAAUUUCGGAAAACCCACACAAGACCGUAUGCUUGUAGCGCUUGCGGAAAGGCCUUUUCUCAAUCGAGAAGCCUUCGAGCGCACAUUCGAACACACGAGGAAAAUAAGUCUGUGGUUGACGGUGCCAUUGAACGUCAGGCUGUGACCCUUGUUGCUCGUCCAAAGCCGCACAAGUGCGCCGACUGCGGCAAGGCUUUCUCUUUAAGGGCUCAGCUGCAGGUCCACCGGAGAAUACACACCGGCGAAAAACCUUAUGCUUGUGACGUCUGUGAAAAGGCCUUCAGUCAAUUAGCCGGUCUACAACGGCACCAGCUAUUACACCAUGACAAAGCUGGUAAGCAGAGAGUGUUUGAGUGUGACGUGUGUGAAAAGAAACUUCGGAGUUCAUCUGCGCUCCUCAUCCAUAAGGUCAAACAUCAGCCGUUAAAUGUGAGAGAGAGACCGUACUCUUGCACCCGGUGUGAGAAGAAGUUCAGCCUGCUGGAAUACCUCCGAAGUCACGAGCGAUAUCACUCCAUGGAGAAGCGAUAUCAGUGUUCUCAUUGUCAGAAGGCAUUCAUCACGCCAUCGAAACUUAGGCAGCACAUGCCCAAGCAUACCGGGGAGAAACCCUAUUCUUGUUCAAAGUGUUCGAAGGCCUUCAAAAGUCCUUCUGGACUUAAAGAGCACAUCAAACUCCACACAGGAGAGAUGCCUUACAGCUGUUUGAUUUGCAACAAAGUGUUCAAGUCCUUGUCAAAUCGCCAGGAGCAUAUGAGGACUCACUCCAGAGAAAGACCCUACCUCUGCCACAUCUGUGGCAGGGCAUUUCGGCGUGGCAGUUGUCUUAGUAAACACCAGAAAACACACACGGGUGACAAACCGCACGCGUGCACACACUGUGGCCAGAAGUUUUUGAAGUUGACGAACCUCAGAAGGCACCAGCUGCGGCACACAGGGCAGAGGCCUCACAUGUGCGCCUCGUGCGGCAAGACGUUCUCCCGCCUGGAGACCCUCAAGACACACGAGAGGGUUCACACGGGAGAGAGACCCUACCGCUGCAUCGUCUGUGACGAGCGCUUUGCCUACGUACAGAGCCUGCAGUCACACCAGAAGAGAGAGCACCAGAUACAAGACACACACUCUGUGAAUGGCAGGCGGCCGCAGCAGCAGCAGCAGCAGCGUGCUCGGUGUGUGGAGAGUUCUGAAGCACUACAGGACAUAGAGACCCACAGACCAGGUAUUCAAAAUGGAGGUGCAUUGGACGGCAUUGUUGACAGCCCUGUGUCUGAAGAGCAGUACAGACUAACCCCCACAGUCACAUUAGCUACAAGAGACAGCGACAACUCCACCAACUUGCCACUGAGCGGGGAGGUGCUUUGCGGGUAUUUUAAAUGGUAUAUAACAGAGCCAAGACAUUUCGAGUCUGAUUUGAGUGAUCAAGGAAACGACAUGGAAGGCAACGUUUCUUGCAAACGGAAAGGAAAAGAGAGGAGAUCAAUAGUGUGGUCUCAUUUCACGCUUUUGGGGGAAGACACUUCUAGGCCUACUGUUGUCUGUGUCCAUUGCAAAAAGACUCUGUACCAAUGCCAGGGUUCGACCACGUCCAUGCUCAAACAUCUAAAAGCACAGCAUGCCACUGAGAUUAAUCACACCGAUGGCCUCAAAUCGGAGUCUGAGCAGCAGUUGGAUCACCGUGCGGAGGAGACCGGUCCCAAUAUGGAGAGAAGAGGGAAGCGUUCCAUUGUGUGGCUUCAUUUUACACGUUUAGGGAAAGAUACUCUUGCCUGUCUUCACUGCAAGAAGAGACUGAGAUACCAUAACUCGACCACUUACAUGCACAGGCAUCUACAAGUACACCACCCCCACGUCAACAGCAAGGGCCGUCAGGAAACGACAUCAAGAACAUCAAGGACCCCGAAAAAGCUGUCUCAGCGGACCAAACAACAACCACUUGUGUUCAAGGGUGCGUCCGUGUCACCACAGGAGAGAGAUGUGGAGUCUAGCGAGGGCGUGGACGUCCAUUCCAAAGAUGGCCGACUCCUACAGCUGCAGGUGGAUGCGCUCCUGAAGCAGCUGGAGGGGAAAGAGAGACAACUCACACAGGCUUACCAGACGUUCCAGAACACAGUCAGAGCUCUGGGUGAGGACAUGAAGUCAAUACAGGAGCAGCUCGCUCAUCUGACCGAAGGGCACCAUGGUGCAGAGAAGGAGAGACCUUCCACUGUUCGGCACACUCAGUCCAUUGAGUACGAGGCAUGUGAGGACCGCCACCUGUUUGCCCUUUCCUGCACCUCUGAGCCCAAUUCUCCUGGUUUUGAUGACACGGCACAAAGGUCAUCCCAGGACCAGGAAGUCACUAUUAUCGGCCUGCUGACUCCUCCCUCCACAGCUGUUGCCAACAGUAACAGCAUCUUGGAGUUUGUAAACACAUUUAUGCAGACCGCUUAUACCGCUGAGGCCAACACCACCACCACCACCGCUGCAGACUCCGUCAGUGACCCAGAAAGACAACCAGCGCCCCUUCCUCUGAAGACACUGUUGGUGAGGCUGCAGGACUGCAGGCAUAAACUGGGACCAGAUGGCACUUUCACAGUUCACAGUGGAGAGAUGCCCGGCCGUCAGGAGGAGAAGGAUUUUGACGAUGACGAUGACGAUGAUGGUGAAGAUGGUGACGAUGAUGGUGGUGAAUAUGGUGGUGAUGAUGUUGUCUCAGAUUAUAAUUAUGAGUCAGACCCAGAUUAUGUCCCUGAAGAUGAUGCCAACAGUGAUCAAAACCCUGAAAAGUUUUUGCUCAAGUCUUGCAGGAAGAAGAUGAGUCAACAGGGAUCCUCACUGCAUGCGAUGCAGCACCCAGAGUCACCCCCUCAGAAAGCUUCUCUGGAAGUACAUGAGGGAAGUUCUUCAGAGGAAAGGCCCUUCAAAUGUCCCUUGUGUGAAGAGAGUUAUAGAUAUUGUCCGGACUACAUUCAGCACUUAAAAACCCAUAGCUCACCGACCUUCACACUGCAUGGUCAGCAAGAGAGGGAGGAUGACGACGAUGACGACGAUGAUGACAACGAUGAUGACGACGAUGAUGGCGACGAUGAUGACAACGAUGACGACGAUGACGACGAUAUCAACACCGAGAAAGAUCCGGAGGACAGCCUUGAAAAUGGUGGCAACAGUUACGACAGCCCUGAUAUGAGGUCAGAGGAGCGCUGCCAGCUUCCACCAAAUGGAGCUUCGUCUGCUCAACAUGAGGAGGAUGAUCUCGGCCAUCACAUGGAGGCUGAAGAGGAGGAGCUGUGUCAUGGCGAUGGUGUCAAUGAUGAGAUUGAUGGUGAUGGCAAUGAAGUGAACAAUGGUGAAGACACCAAUUACAACCUUGAAGAUGAUUGCAACAGUAAUGAUAACCCUGAAGAUGAGGCUUUUCAGUCUUCCUCUAAGGACGGCAACAACAUCUCGUCCGCAGACAACAUGGAGAACAACGAGAUCGGGGAUGUCACCGUUAAUCGAUGCCUCUCUCAACCGAAACGAGUCAAACCUUACCAGUGUCAAACCUGUGGAAGAAGGCUGAGUACGUCCGGCGCUCUUCACAUUCACCAAAGACAACACAGUGGAGAGAAAGUCCACUGCGAGCGAGACGCCAGAGGACGGAAAGUGUACAAGUGUGCAAAGUGCGACAAGUCGUUCGUGGGCGUCACCCUUUUUCACGUUCAUCAGAGUACGCACCUGGGCGAGAGACCAUACGUUUGCCCUCGGUGCAAGAAGACCUUUGUCUAUCCCACCGGUCUCCGGGUGCACCAGAAUUUCCACUGCAAAGAAUGGCCCCAGCAGCAGGUGGAGGCUGCGGGCGACGGAGGCCCUCAAACGCCCUCGGCCCGCGCCCGAAGGAGGAGGACGUACGCGCACGCGUGCGCGCAGUGCCCGAUGACGUUCUAUCAGAAGUGCUCGCUGAGGGUUCACGAGAGAAGUCACUCGGACGAGAGACCUUUGGAGUGUCCGCUGUGCGGCAAGCGUCUUAAACACGCCGGCACCCUCAGGGAGCAUUUGAAAACGCACGACGGGCGGAAACGGCAUCUCUGCGAUAGCUGCGGCAAGUCUUUUCCGCGCUGGGGCAGCCUGAGAAGGCACCUCGCGUUGCACACGGGCGAAAAGCCGUACAAAUGCUCGGUGUGCGACAAACGGUAUCAUCUUCAGCAGAGCUUAAAUACACACAUGCUUAACCACUCUGAAGACCGUCCUUUUCGAUGCGGCGUAUGUGACAAGGGAUUCACGAGGCUACACCUCGUCCAGAAACACGAGCGGGUCCACACCAAGGAGAAACCGUACCGCUGCUCCAUUUGUUUGAAGAACUUUGGUUACCAGGAGUCACUGUACAUGCACCAGAAACGAUUUCACUCUGCGUUAGGGCAUUAAGACCACCUGUGGUGCAUACUAGGGGACAUGGGGGGCUUGAUCACACAAGGUCACUGACUGCACAGUGUCCACACCCUGCCUACUCUACGAUAACUUCUUCUUGAUAAAACGGUGUAGGGGGGAGGGUGAACUGCUUCAGACUUCAGGGUCCUUCUUGUCUGCCAAGCAAAUGUUGGACGAACUCCAACUUCUCCAAGACCAGUGCCUGUGUAUGUAACAAA